UUGAGCCAACAUGUCCGCGUUCGGAGUAAUCGUGUAAACGUAGAGAGGACCACUUCGCGCGUAUUUGAUUUUUGAGAGGGCAAAAUUGUACGAUUAUAUAUUUCGGAUCGAUACAAAUCGUACCCCAAACGAAAGUUCCUUGAAUCUUGGAAAGUGAUAGCAAACGUGUGUUGUGAGUUAGAAUGACCGAGGAAGCGCAACAAUCCGAAAGUGCUGCGCAAAACGACAGCUGUUCUGUUCAGAACGACUCGCAGAACAAUUCGUCAGAUGUUGGAAAAGCCAAAGAUAACAAGAAAGAAAAAUGUCGGCCCAUAACGAAGGUGGUGAUCAGAAGACUACCUCCAACAAUGACUCAGGAUCAAUUCUUAGAGCAAGUUUCACCAUUGCCGGAACAUGAAUAUUUGUACUUUGUGAAGGCAGACAUGUCCCUUGGCCAGUUCUCAUUUUCUCGUGCUUAUAUUAAUUUUGUGGAGCAACAAGACAUCUUCAUGUUUCGGGAGAAGUUUGACAACUAUGUCUUCUUAGAUUCGAAAGGGGUGGAAUAUCCCGCAGUAGUAGAAUUUGCACCCUUUCAAAGAUUACCAAAGAAACGAGUGGGCAAAAAAAAGGAUAUCAAAUGCGGUACCAUCGAAAGUGAUUCGUAUUAUAUAAGCUUCUUAGAGAAUUUAAAGAAUCAAGAAAUUGAUUCGAGUGUAACUCAAUCAAAAACCGAGUAUUCUUAUCAACCACCAGACAAUACAGUGAAGAAGAUUACUACAACCCCACUGCUCGAGUUCUUAAAACUUCGUAAGCAAGAGAGACAACGUCUUAGGGAUGAGAAGCGUGAGGAACGACGACGCAAAGAUCCAGACAGACGGAGAACCAAAGAUGAGCCUAUUAUCCCCAAGGUUUUAAGAAAUCCAGACUUAGAUAAAGAAUCGAGCAAAGAUGAUAAAGAGAAUAAAGAAGAAAGAGAUAAACUCUCACCGAAGGAAAUGAAAAAUAAAAAUAAAAGAGACGAGAAAGUAAGAGAGAAAUCAAUGCGAGAUCGAGAAAUGAAACCUAUCAUUAAAGGAUAUAGAGAGCGAGUUGACGAUAGGAAUAAAGAAAGAGAAAUCAAGCAACGGCGAUACGAUGAGAAAAAGCCGUAUGGUAGACGCGACGAAAGAGAAGAUAGAAGGACCGAGUUUCGAGACGAUAGAAGGUAUGAGAUGAAGGAAGACUUUAGGGAAUCCAGAGACAGAAAGGUAGAAGAAAGACGCGGAAAAAGUUACGAGAAGAUGAGACAAGAAAAGAAAAAGUUGGCGGAAACAAAAAAACAGAUUGCCGAUGCAAACGGGGAUGAUACAAUUUCCAAGAAAGCGAAGGAGGAGCAUGAUACUGUACAAGAGAAGGAAAAUGGAAACAGCAAAGAAUCUGUAUAUAAUGGAGAUGAUUUAAAGCAGCACUCUAACGACAACGAAUGUGAACAACGUAAUACUACUGAGGACAGGAUAACGAUAGACACGAUACACAAUUGCCAGGACAGUAUGGAAAAAGGAAACGGUUCGGUCAAUGCAGAUGUUAACGAUGAGGAUGAUUCUGAAAAUAAGGAAUCGAAAGUUGUAAAGAGGCGUAAUUCUCUCGAAAGUGGCGGUGAAGGCGGUGCAGGUGAUGGUAACUGUUUACGGCGUCACAAAUCAUUAGACGGAGGAGAUCAAAGUAAUCUCCAGAAGAAUGAUAACGAGGAAAAAGAGAAGGAUAAGAAAGACCCACGAAUGGAACGUAGGAUACGAAAUAAGGAUCGCCCGGCAAUGGAGAUUUAUAGACCUGGCAUGGGCAAGUUUAGUAAGCAACGGCUGGAACGGGAGAAAUCAAACGAUGAACGGGCAUCAUUAUCGCAGAGUCCCACACCAAAUCCUAGUGUCUCUUCUGCGACAGGCAAGCCUGGAAAAGUUGGUGCCACUGAAGUACGCUCGAUGACAUUCAAACGCAGCGUCACUCGCGACGCAGCGUAACGGAUUCUCAUUUUCAGGUCUUAUCACUUGGACAUACUCCAUCAACAAACUCACAGAUGACAGAUUGACUUCUGCGCGCAGCAGAUUUAAACGCCAUGUAUAAUUUUCCUCGGUGUGCUGAUAAAACAUAUCGCUAUCUUUGCCGUGUGUUAAAGUGUUAGUUCUAAUAAACAUUUCACGCACAGUCUGAUUAUAUCAUACAUUUCGCAAGUAUCCUUUUU